AUGAAAGAUUAAAGUAACUUAGAGGGAUAUUAAUAGCAUCAAUUAUACUAUGAUGUAGAACAUACAAACGACAAUCAUUUUGCCUUAAACGAAGAUGACAGUAGCAUUAACGAUCAAAAGAUCAGACCAAUAAGAGAGAUGACUAAUGAUGAUGAAGCCUAUGAUAGAGUCCAGCAGCGUAAAAGUAGACAACCACCAUAAGUUCAUGCCAUGAAUAAAGGGCAAAACAAACUCUAGAAAAUGAUGAGUAUUGAGGAUAAUAGUGUAUUCAGCGGAGGAUAAAACAAUAUGAUGGUAUUCGAUAAGUCAUAAAAUGAAGAGUAAUUUAAUGACAGAAAGUCCUACUAAUUUUAAAGCAAUUCAAUUUUUAAAUCGUCUGGUUUUGCAUAGCUCGAUCCUGCCAGAUAAUAUUAAUAAGAACUUGACAAAAUCUUAAAUAAUUAAGUAGCGAAUCCGGCUGGAGGUUAUUACUAAUUCCUAUAAAACUUAAAGAGUAAUUAAGUGGUAAACCUCGUUGAUGACAAUGUAAUAUUUAUUCAUAAUAAGAGUUAGACUCCUGCUUAAUAAGCACAGAUAAAGAAAAUGGAGAGGGAUAAAAGCAGUACAAUUGAGUAGGAUGUUUCCAACUCUUUCAACAAUAACUAUGAUUCAAUGUAGUCUAUUCUUGGCUAUUCCAAUCUAAAGAAUCAAAGGAGCUACCUUCAACUUAGAAACCAUCAAAUGGCACAGCAUUAGAAAUAAUACAUGUCUUCAGGCUUAAACCCAAAUAAGUUGUAAAAUCUGUAGGAGCCUGGAAAAUAGAAAUUCAACUAAAGAGAUUAAGCCUACUUGAAAUAAAAAUAGAUGUUAGAUAUGUUGCAUGAUAGAAUAUAGAGCAUUGAUUAAAACUAAAAUCAAGAUGAUUUUUCAGCCAGAAGAUUUUAAAGCGAUAAAUCAUAAAUGAGUAUAGAACAUAUCAAGAGAUUUGAGGCAUUCCAACCUAUGAUUAAACUAAUUAAGGGCAACUACACUGGGAAUCGUAAUUCACUUCUUCAAAAUAAGAUCGAACAAGUAUUCGCAGAUGAAUCUUAAUUCUCCAAGUUCAAAUCUUAAAGAUCAAAUUUCAAAAGCUCUGCUAAGAAUGAAAAUGAUGAUGAUUUUUUUUCAAUAAUGUCUUACUAAAGUCUUCCCUAAAAAAUAAAUGGUAUUAGCAUGAUGAAAAGCUAGAAGUAAUCAAAGAUAUAAAAUGAUUCGAUUUAGCUUAGCAAUAAAAAAAUGGUUAUUGACUUAGUAAUACUUGGCUUCGAUAUUGAAGUAGUCUAGAAAGCUUUAUUAUAUCACAAGGUUACAGAGCCAUUAUCAAUUGAGGUGCUUUUAGAUAAAUACCUGAUAUAAGAUGAACUUGAAUAAGGGUAUAAAUAAAAUCAUAAGUUUAUUCCUUAAGGGAAGAUUCAUUAAUUAAAUAAAAGAAAUAACGUUAUUCCGUUUAACAACUAAAAGCUGUGCCCAUAUUGUUAAGAUAAUUCAGAAUCUAAUUCAGAGUCUUAAAACACUUUAGAUAAUAAAAUAGAGGAUGCAGAUAGGUUUCACUAAUAUUGUGAAAGUCUUAUAAUUAACUCUUCAUUUGUAAUAAAAAGUAAAAUAUGCUCAGACUUAAGCAGUUAAAAGGUUAAAAUUGAUUUGAGUAACAUCAGGAAAUAAGUAGACAAGAAAUAUUUGAAUGACAUCUUAGGUUACUUCAAAAAAGUUUAGCUUAUGUAAAAAUCAGUAAUAUCUCCUAAAAAGAUAAAAUUCACUUAAUCUUCUUAAGAUAUAAACGAGCAAAAGCUAAAUCAAAGUAAACUGGAUCAAAGUUAGAUUAAUCCUAACAUUGACCAAGACAUUUCUAAAAUAAAUUUGCUUUAAAUAGAGAACGAUUCUUGUACCAUAUUGGAAAGGCAAAACAGUAAAUUUGGAAAUAUUGCUCCUUUUACGACAGUUCUGAGUUAAAAUGUAAGAAGCAACAUAGAUAAUUAGCAUACCAAGAAUAAUUCAACAGAUUUUCUAAUAAAAAACAAUGAAUAAACAUUGAAAUUGCUUGAUCAAAAUAGAGAAUUAUUUCAUAAUCUAAACAUCAAUAACAACAAUAAUAACUACUGCAAUGAUCAUGAGAAAAUCAUCGAGACACUAAGAGGAGUGCCGUCUAUAUCUUAAGGAUCAAUGAAUUUUCAAAUCAUAACUUCUAAAGAGGGCAAACUUAUCAAUAAAGCUGAGGCCCAGCCCAUUCAUCAUAGUUGUGAAAUAUGUGGUGAUAUCUAUCAAAGGCAUAAUCUGGAUUACAACCUUAAGUUAUGGAAUGUAUUGGAUGAGGAUGAAAUCUAACUUUAAGGGUUCACACUGAUGAGAGAUGAAUAUUUUCUUUACGAAGAAUAUAACUAAGAAUCACCUAAUAAUUAAAAAGAAUUUGAGUAAAUGAAGAUUCAUUAAUUAAUCAAUCAAUAGGGAGAAAACACUAAUAAUUUCGUUAAGUUAAAAGGAAGGUUCUUGUAAAUGAUAAAUAAUGGUAAUUUAAAUCAUCAAGAUUUUGAGAACAAAUUCAGGAAACUUAGUGAGAAAAACAAAGAAUUGGUAUUACAGCAUUUUAAAAAGGUCGCAAAAGCUAUAAAAAAUCUCAAUAUUGCUGGGCUUGAAGACUAAUUUUAAACAAAACCUUAAUAAGCCAAAUGUCUGAUCUGUUUUUCGAACUUAGAUGAUGAAAUCUAAAAUAGAUUGAAGAUCACCUAGAAAAAAUAUUGGAUUAGAAAUAGACUAUCAGAAUAAAAACAUAAAAAUCUUAAAUACUUGGACAUUUACUUCAAGAAAGAUUUAACUGUUAAGGUUGCUCACAGCAAUUUACUAGGAAAUAGAUAGAAUAAAAUGGUAUGA